UUGAUUUCUUCCUAGCCGCCCCUUCAUCUCAACCGUACCAAAACGUCUGCCCACAACAAAAACAAAAAUCCAGCCUGGGCCUGAACGGGGAAGGCGGCAGCCAAGCCCAACAAAUUGGGCGGUCGUGGCUAGAUAUGAACGAGAAGGUGAUUACUUGGUAGAAUUCCGAGCGGCGGUGUUCUAGAGAGUCAAGCGGCAAACGCCGCAUAGCACAGGGAGCAGCCUAGCUGGGUGUCAGAUGGCGGUAGGCUGGGGACUCAUUUCGUCUCUCUGUUAUCCAUGCUGAUUUGCUCGAACGGGAUAUGUUAUCCCUGUCUGAACGAAGACCGGUCGGUCGCCUAUGGUUGCUCGAUCGGGUCCUUCUAUUUCUGCCUGAUGGAGACUUGCCUGGUCUUGGAGCUAGGCGGCGUUAGAACAGGACUUGGGGCGCUGGUGCACCGUUUCCCGUUCAGGAUGAAAGAUUAUUUGAAUCCCUUGAUACUUUAAUAAAGUUAAACCAUGCCCCAGAAUCUUUCCAGUUCUGGAGAAGCAAUACUGCGGGUGGCCUGGUGUAAUCGUGUGCAGUGUGCUUGUUCAUGAUGAAUAGUAGAGGUGCCGAUCGGGAAAUAGGUAGACGAUCAAAUCUGGAGUUCAUGUCGUAGAGGAGGUUCCCUUUUGGGUGGGUCUGGCUACUCAAUCCCACUGCCUGCCGGUCUGGAAAAUCUCAAUAGACCGGUCGGGAAAGUUUUUCUGGUGGCCAGAUCUUAGAACGAGUAGAAGCAAUUUACCCGACGAAGGUUUGGUCAAGAGGCUGAGCUUGGGCAGCAACAUAGCUCGUGCCAUGGCAUCCGAAAUUGCGUGGAUAUCGAGCGGCGUUUGAACAACCAGAUGGCAGCCUUCAUGGGUGUCUAAGGUUGUCCGGGGACUGAACGGCGUCGCGAAUCGAACGGCUGAGGGAGCCUUGAGGGUUUGGUGCUAGUCCACGAUUCUGAAUGGUGGGCUGACCGGGGACACCGAGCGGGUUGUGUAGUGCUGGGCGGGUGUACUGAACAAGCGGUCCUUCUCUGGGCUGACCAUUUUCCUCCGCCUUAGAGCGUAUUGCCGUCCGGGAGAUAACCGUACUAGAGGCUCCUUAGUGAGCAGGGCGCGAAUGUCCAAGCCAUUCGAGGCUCGGAUGGGCUGACUGGUCCGUGUACUGCAGUUGACAAUACUUCCGUUCAAUACUACCGUUCAAUACGCUGCACUUUAAGGUAUUGUUGAUGUUCAACCCGGUCAAUACUCUCGUUCGGGCUUCUGCUGUUUCGAACAUUCUAUUCUUUCUUGAUGUGCACGGCCUUUCCGCAGGUUCUCCGGAUUGGUGAAGUGGUGGUCGGCCUCCUGGGAUUCCCGUCAGACAGUCAUUCCUUCUGGCGUCCGGGCAGCUUCCGUUCGGGAGGCGGUACUGGCUUUUUUGGAUAAGAUUAUGUCAAAUCACCCACUUGUGUUGGUGUCAGAAUUUGUCAUCUCAUUGCUGUCAGGCCUCUUUUAUGGGAGUAGGGAACCUGUGGGCACGUGGGUCCCAUUCACUAUAUUCUUCAAUUAUCAGCAGCUCUGGAUUGUAAUUCUCCUUGAGCCUGCUGCUUCGGCCCUGGCGUUUACUUCAGGACAUGGGGGCAGCCACCUGAAUGAUGAGCAAGCUGCUGGAGUCCUGGCCUUCUACUGUUCUUCUCCUGUUGUGUUUUUCCAGAAACAAUUUUCUCUCCUUUUCUUCGUGGAAUCAGUAGCCUUUAUCAAAUAAUUUUGUAGAAUCAAGAACAACAUGUUAUGCUUUUUCAUCUUUUCCCACAGACGGCGCCAAUAUUGAUUUUAAUCCAACAUGAGAUUGUAAAUAUAAAUAUAAAAGGCGUAUAAACUAGCUAUUUUUAUGUGUAAACCCGGAAAGGGAGAAAAUCACGGGACUUUUUAGGCUAACGUCCAAGCCCG